ACGCCAUGCCCCUUUCGUGGUGCCUCUCAAGAUGGAAACUGUGGAUACAGUUCGUCGUAGCCCUGGCCUAUGGGCUUGUGAUCCUCGUCGUGGUGCCACUUAUCAGCGUCCAGCUGAUGAACAAAGGUGCCAGUGCAGACGUUCAGGCCUGGUUCAGCAGCGGCGUUUUUGUUCUCUUGACCCUUCCCAUAACUUUCUGGGAAAUAAUCCAGCACAUACUAAACUACACGAAGCCGCACCUUCAGAAACACAUAAUUAGAAUCCUAUGGAUGGUACCAAUCUAUUCGCUCAACUGCUGGCUUGCUCUGACAUGGCCAAAGACUGGAAUAUACCUUGACACAAUUAGGGAGUGCUACGAAGCCUAUGUGAUAUACAACUUCAUGGUGUUCCUGUUGAAUUUUCUGCACCGAGAGCUGGAAAUGGAAAUAUCUCCAGAUGAGCACAGACCAUCUGUAAAGCACAUUUUCCCACUCUGCUUUCUCCGGCCCUGCCCUGGUGGCUUGCGCUUUAUUAAUUCCUGUCGACAUGGUAUUCUUCAGUACACAGUAAUCAGACCAAUCACAACAGCAUUGGCCCUCAUAACUGAAAUGUUUGGAAAAUAUGGAGAAGGAAAGUUUGAUUUCGGAUAUGCGUACCCAUAUAUCGUGGUUAUAAACAACAUAUCGCAGUUUAUUGCUAUGUACAGCCUAGUCUUGUUUUACAAGGCCUAUAGGACUGAACUGACACCGAUGUCACCAAUACCGAAAUUUCUGUGCAUCAAAGCGGUCGUCUUUUUUUCUUUCUUCCAAUCAGUGAUCAUCUCGCUGUUGAUUUACACGGGCAUAGUGUCCCCCUCCUUCUUUAGUGAGAAAGGAACUGCUGGUGAUGUGAACAGAGGUCUUCAGGACUUCCUGAUCUGCAUAGAGAUGUUUGUGGCUGCGGUUGCCCACUACUUUGCCUUCUCACACGUCCCGUACGUGGAUCCACACGCGCGGCCCAUUCCCUGCUGCCUGUCGUUCAUGGCCAUGUGGGACGUGUCCGACGUGACGCAGGACGUGUCUGACCAUAUUAGACAUGUCGGCAACACUGUGAAGAAUACAGUCCAACGCAAGCCUGACUACUUCAGCGAGCGAAAACUUCUGCUAGGAAGCUUUUCAGAUGAUACCUACAUUCCGGUGAAUGAGCCCGGCGACUUUCUGAAUGACAGGCCAUCUCGAAGUGGGUAUCUGAGCAUUGCAGGCAGCUCUACAAAUGCACAUGUUACUUAGGGCUGCCUUUCCAAAAGUUGGAGAUUGGUUAUUAUGUGAUGACGGAUUUGUCAGCUGCCUGCCGUUGUUUGUGUGGUUGUGCACAUAGCGACCGAGAGGAUAGUGAUAAUGGUCGCACCGUCGGCGAAUAUCAGUUUGACAGUUUUCUUCUUUUUUUAUUGGCCAGCCUGGCUGACACUUCAGAGGAAACUGCAGCAGCUUGCUGCCUUCUUGUGCCCCGCAGUUUUCCUUGCGUUUUAGAGACUUCAGGACUACCAGAGCUUUAAUGUAUAUUUUUUGCCAAGCACAUCUGUUUGCUUUGUUACUACUGCUGUGGGGUCCUCCUUUCUCCCUUGUUUCUGAUUAGUUAUUAGUAACUAUUGUGGUGUUACUGCACAUAUUAUUUAUGCAUUUCUCGGAGCAAAUCUAAAGUGGUGUGUGUGUAUGUGUGCAAGUGUAAAUGGUAAUGUACAGGUUAAUCUUGCCAUUCACCAAAGCCCUUUUCAUGGAACACUAGUGGCAUAAAUUCUAAUAUAUUGUGUGUGCACUUUUCGUACCAUUGUAAGUUACCUGACAAAACACAGGACAUAAUUAGCUUUGGCUAGACACGGCCGUACAGCUACUGAACUUGAUGUGGUGUGCAGCACUAGCCACAUACGAGCUGCUUGAUCUUAAGUUUGUUUGAUGCGAGAGGAGUUAUAGUUUUACUGUUAUGCUUUUAGCAGAAUUUAGGUGAAAUGGUCCUGGCCACUCUGAUCUGCUUUGCAGGCACAUUUUUGUGCUGCCGAGACUUAUCACUUUGUAAUGUGAUCUGUUAAUUUUACUGCUGGCAUCUCUAGUCAUCCCAAAAUGACCGUGGCAUCGUUUAUAUGGCAUGACUGUUCCGAACAUUUGUGUAAGGAGUGCCUUAUUCAGCCACUGUGUGUGAAUGCUUGUCACGUAUCUCUAUUUCUUUGAUGUGGAAAUAAAUUUAUUCAACCUUUGU